AUGAGCGGAGUAUCAAGUAACAUCGCUGCCCGCACCCCUCUGUGCUCAACCCUCUUCUUCCACACCUCCCACGGUCUAACGGAGGUACACCCUGUGGUGUUUAACCUCGACGCUGAGGGGAAUCUCUGGCGCAGAGGAUGGGGUGGAGAAGAGAAAAUUGAUCUUAGUGAGGACGCAAAGCCUCAUUCCACUGCAGGAAUGGCGGUACUCGGGCGGGGAAGCGAUAUCCACAGCAUCUUCAAUAUGCGCCUCUACUACACAAACAAGGAUGGCAAGAUCUUCGAGCACUGCUACACCCAAGGGCGUGGUUGGUACCAGGGCGCACUGACUGGCCAGUUCUGCGCCUUUCCAGGCUCAGGGCUUGGGGUCCGUGGCAGCGAUAACGGAGCCUUGACGUGGCUCUUCUACCAAGACCCUGAAACGUGCGGGAUCCACACUAUGUUCCGUAGCUCUUUGGAUGGUGCAUUCGAGCAAACGAGUGUCUGUUUUGCACCGGGGAUGAAGUGUACAGAGAUAGCGGUUGAUCCAAAGGGGAAUGCGGGGGUGUUCUACCAGAAGCCAGAUGGAAAGAUCACGCAGGCCGAAGCCACUACGCCUUACGAGCCGUUUGCUGGCAACACCAUAUAUCCACCCGGUACAGCCAUCGCGACUACGAAAGACAAGAUGUUUUGUGUUACAGGAGACAACAAAAUUGAGGUCAAUAUAUAUGAUCCCGACAGCCACAAGUGGCAGCCGCCUACGGUGAUUGAGGGCGUGAAUGUGAUCCCAACGGCACCACUGUCAGCAAACAUGCACCAGCCUCCGAGAGAUGGCACAUAUACCAUCACGAUAAUAACGCAGAAAGAGAAGCAUGAAAUUACGAAGAUUGGGUACACGGAUCCGAAAAACGUUGUUAUUGCCACUGUCAACUAG